AGGACAGAGUGCCCACUGUCUACUCCCCUUCUUCUUCCUUGGCAUUGGUUGGGUCUUUCAUCUCCUUACAUCAUCUCAGAUUGACAGUCACGAGUGUUAUCGUUCUUCUAAGAGAUGAUCAUAUCAAAACCACUAUACAACUCUCGCACUGCUCUGGUAAACCAAGUGUUGGCUGCUAUGGUCCAAAACCAACCGCUAGAUGCCCGAAUUGCUGCCUUUCCUGGUCCGCCAUGGAGCGUUGAAGCUGUUUCUGAGGUGUUGCGAUCCGUGCCCAGAUUCUUCUUUCAGUCUGCUCGGUCCAUUGGUCGCCAAAAUGGUUUCCGGCACCGUGCUCCUCUCAAGCAAAGAAACCUCCGAGAAGAAGCCAAGAAAGUUCGCAACAAUGUGCUUGUUCUUGGCCCAGCUGCGUACAGAGACCCCCAGAAGGUCAAAUUGGGAUUGAACAAAGCAAUGGAGUUCUACUAUUUGGUAGAAUCCCGAUUUGGGUUUACCCACAAUGAGAUGACUUGUAGAGAGAUGGCUUGUGUAUUGGCCAGAGCCAAUAGAUUGACAGCUCUUUGGAAAUUUCUCAAGGAAAUGGCCAGGAGAGGGAGCGGCGGGCUUGUAACUACUGCUACUAUUACCUGUUUGAUUAAAGUUCUAGGAGAAGAGGGGUUGGUUAAUGAAGCAUUAGCUGCAUUUUACCGGAUGAAGCAGUUUCAUUGUAAACCAGAUGUUUAUGCUUAUAAUACCAUUAUUUAUGCUCUCUGUAGAGUUGGGAACUUUAAGAGGGCAAGGUUUUUGUUGGAGCAGAUGGAAUUGCCGGGGUAUAGAUGCCCGCCUGAUACGUUCACAUACACAAUCUUGAUUAGUUCCUAUUGUAAAUACAGUCUGCAAACUGGGUGCAGGAAGGCCAUCAGGAGGAGGUUAUGGGAAGCAAACCAUUUGUUUCGGAUUAUGCUCUUUAAGGGUUUUGUUCCUGAUGUUGUUACUUAUAACUGUUUGAUUGAUGGAUGUUGUAAAACUUACCGAAUUGGGAGGGCACUGGAACUUUUUGAUGAUAUGAAUAAAAGGGGUUGUCUCCCCAACCGGGUUACUUAUAAUUCUUUUAUCAGAUAUUACAGUGCUGUUAAUGAGAUUGAGAAAGCAGUUGAGAUGUUGCGGAGGAUGGAAAAAAUGAAGCAUGAGAUGCCCACUUGCAGCUCAUACACUCCAAUUAUUCAUGCUUUGUGUGAAGUAGGUAGGGUGGUGGAGGCUAGGGAUCUUCUGGUUGAGUUGGUUGAUGGAGGCUCAAUUCCUAGAGAAUAUACAUAUAAAUUAGUUUGCAGUGUGCUUAAAUCUGCAGAAAAAGAAAAUUUGCUACAAGACAGACUGCGCAGAAGAAUUGAGGACGGUAUAGAGGAUAGAUACAGGCAGGUGAUAAAGGUGAAACCAAUUAUGACCCACGGGGAUUCUUUAUAGCAUGUGCAAAUGCACAAAAAAUUGAUCUUCUGGACGAAGGGUUGAACGUGACUUUGUAUAAGAACCUCAGAUACAGGAAGUCUUGGCUUGCAGGCAUUUAAUCAUUGAUCAGACACACAAGGCUGGCAGUGAUGCUAAACCUAGUAUUUUGUGCCCUACAAGAUUGUGGUUGCCAUAGUCCAGUGUGAAUAAUUUUGGGAUUAAGAUUUAGGGAUGUGUAAAUCAGCCCGCAAGAAAUCACAAAGGAACUAAGGCUUUGUACCAAGUGUGAAGGAUUUUAUGUAACAAGGAAGGUGAUAUAAAGGGAGAAAAGAUUAAACCUCCCUUUUGAGUGCAUAAUGUUUGUAGAAAUUUAUCCAUUUAGAAUCUGAAUCAUGUUUGUACCAGCUUCAACAUGAAUGAAUAAUUCAGUAAAUUAUUGUAAUGGGAAAAAGCCACAAGGCUUGCCAAUGCACUGUAAUAAUUGAAUACACCUGAUGGUUCCAUUUUUUUUAUCAAGGGAAAAUUCAAAUAUCAUUUG